AUGGGUUCUACGUUCGAUCCUCUUCUCACGCCCGCCGAUGAUUCCGCCGCCGUCACGCUCACACAAGACGACCUCAAGAGAAUCGCCGCCUACAAAGCCGUAGAGUACGUCGAAUCCGGAAUGGUCGUCGGUCUCGGCACUGGCUCAACCGCGAAACACGCGGUGAGUCGAAUCAGCGAGCUUCUCCGAGAAGGAAAGCUCCGGGACAUAAUCGGAAUCCCUACAUCAACCACGACGCACGUGCAGGCGAUUUCUCUCGGGAUUCCGUUAUCCGAUCUGGACUCGCACCCGGUGGUGGAUCUAUCGAUCGACGGCGCCGACGAAGUCGAUCCGGCUCUCAAUCUGGUGAAAGGACGCGGCGGAUCGCUUCUGAGGGAGAAGAUGGUGGAAGGAGCGUCUAAGAAGUUCGUGGUGAUCGUCGACGAGUCGAAGCUCGUGAAGCACAUCGGAGGAAGCGGACUCGCCGUUCCGGUGGAGGUGGUGCCGUUCUGCUGCAAUUUCACUCGGGGGAAGCUCGAGGAGCUUUUCCGGGGAGCGGGAUGCAAGGCGAAGCUCAGGGUGAAGGUCGGAUCCGGCGGCGGAGAGACGGCGGCUGUGACGGAUAACGGGAAUUACGUGGUGGAUCUGUAUUUGGAGAGGGAUAUCGGAGAUCUGGAUGCGGCGAGCGAGGCCAUUUUGAGGUUGCCCGGAGUUGUGGAGCACGGGAUGUUCCUGGGGAUGGCGACCACCUUGAUCGUCGCCGGUAAAUUCGGUGUAACCGUCAAGGAUAGGUUUGGGUAA